AUGGCAGGAGUUCUGCGGGAGAAGGAGGUUAUCUUACUGCGACACUUCUCAGGUAACCCUGUUAAAGUGGUUAAGGGACCUUCAGAGGAAGGGCGCCAGAAAAUCGCUAGUGCAGGUCACCAACAGGUAGCAUACCCUGCUGCACAAACUGUACAGAUACAGAUGACACUAGUCACUGAAAUGUUAGUGUCUGGGAGAAAGAGAACAGAAGAUCUAUGGAUGCAUUUUACAUUUGAUGCUAAGGAGAACAAGACCCUUUGCAAACCAUGUGGAGUGGCAAUCACUGGUAAAAAUAAAACAAACUUGAAGCGUCAUUUGCAGAUGAGUCAUCCCGAAAUUCAUACAAAGAUACAGAAAACAUCCAAUGAUGGGCCAAGUCAAGCCAGUGCACCACAGCAAAAUAUUUACACAGCUCUUGUAAGUGCUUCAAAAUACAAAAUUGACUCUAAGGAACAACAGGCCAGGGAGGAUGCCAUAGCAAAAUGGAUUGGGCGCACUGGAUUACCAGUCAGAACGAUUGAAGAUGAGGACUUUGUUAACAUGAUGGCGACCGUAGAUAGGAGACUGAGUGUUCCAAAGAAAACUAAAAUAAAUAAUCUGAUUGACAAACAUUAUGAAGAUGAAAAACAAAAAUUCAAAAAGAGACUGGCUGCUGCCCGGAGAGUAUCUAUUUGCACUGAUUUGUGGACAAAAAAAGGACUAACAGCUUCAUUCCUUGGUAUAAGUGCGUGCUACUUUUGUGUUGACCAAAAUAAAGCUGAGCACAUAUUAGUGGGACAUACCAAAGAAGAAGAUCCUUACAGUGAUAACAGACAAUGGGAGUAA